CUUCGGUGGCUGUCACUCACGCGCUCUGUCGCUCGGCAGCUCGCGCCCGUGUAAGAUGACCGGAAAGGUGCAGUGACUGACCGGCUCCCGUUUUGUUUGUUGUUUUUCAGUCAUUUCGCCAUGUUUCCGGUUUUGUUUGCUUUCCGUGUAAGCGACAGGGAUUUCGAAAUGAGUCGUCCGAGGGAAACAUGGUUACGUUUUCGCCAUGGCAACCGUCGCUAAGGCGUCACGUUCGCCGUAGAGCCGUUUUAUUCGCCCUCAGCAAUCUCAGCACGCGCGCCGUUUCACAGACUGAGCAUCGACUCAACCCGGUUCGGACAUGGAGGCGGUUCUGGAGAGGGAGUGCAGCGCGCUCGGGGGACUGUUCCAAACAGUCAUCACCGACAUGAAGGGCAGCUACCCAGUGUGGGAGGAUUUUAUCAGCAAGGCUGGAAAGUUGCAGGCGCAGCUCAGGGCUACGGUUGUGGCAGUCGCUGCUUUCCUUGAUGCCUUUCAGAAGGUCGCAGACUUGGCCACAGGCAGCAGAGGUGCGACCCGGGACAUCGGUUCAGCUCUGACCAGGAUGUGUAUGAGACACCGCAGCAUCGAGGCCAAACUCAGACAGUUUUCAAUGGUGUUUGUGGACUCACUGAUUAACCCACUACAAGAGCAGAUGGAGGAGUGGAAGAGAGUCGCCAACACUAUGGAUAAGGACCAUGCCAAAGAAUACAAACGAGCACGGCAAGAGAUCAAGAAGAAAUCUUCAGACACACUAAAACUGCAAAAGAAGGCAAAGAAAGGGCGUGGGGAUCUCCAGCCGCAAGUGGACAGCGCUCUUCAGGGGGUGAGCGAUAAGUACGCAUCGCUGCAGGAGACGGAAAGACAGGCCGUGAGGAAAGCUCUGAUUGAGGAAAGAGCACGAUUCUGCACCUUCGUCUCCAUGCUCAGACCUGCCAUCGAAGAGGAAGUGUGUAUGCUGGGUGAGAUCACGCACCUGCAGUCGAUUUCUGAUGAUCUGAGGUCUUUGACGAUGGACCCUCACAAGCUGCCUCCCUCCAGCGAACAGGUGAUUGCUGAUCUGAAAGGCUCAGAGUGCAGCUGGUCAUAUCAGACUCCGCCCUCCUCUCCCAGCACCACCUCCAGGAAGUCCAGCAUGUGUAGCAGUCUGAACAGCGUGAACAGCAGCGAUUCCCGUUCAAGCAGCUCUCAUUCUCACUCUCCCACAUCACAUUUCCGUUACCGAGGCUCCGCCCUCCCACAGCAAGGCUCCGUCCGCCUUCCCAGUGUCUCCUCCCACGACUCGGGCUUCACCUCUCAGGACACCUGUCAGUCAAAGAGCCCCUCCCCUAUGCCUCCAGACGGGAGCGUACAGUGCUCUGACUCAUCCUGCCCUGAUGAAUCAGCUCAGCCAAUCACAGACAGCCUCACUCCCACAUUACCUGACUCCAACACCAACACUGAAGACAAGUUGGUAAACAGCAGCUCGUCACAGUUUAAUUCAGUGGACCCUUCCCUCUUCAUCAUUCCAUCAUCUCCACCUUCCUCAUCACACACUCCUGGCCCUGCAUGGGCGUGGUCUCAGCCUGGCUCCUCCCCAGAGGUGGAUUUCGAGUCAUCUUUUCCUGUGGGUCCCGGCACCUUUCCCCUCUCACACAGAGUGCCCAGCUGGAAGGACUGGGCCCGGCCGGGUCCGUAUGACCAGCCGAUGGUGAACACACUGAGGAGGGUGAAGGAGAGAGCGAGGGAGAACAAUGAGUGCAGCAGCUCCAGAGAUGAAGCUCAGAAAGCCAGCUUCAACUCCAGCACUCUCAGUAAACCCAGGGAUGAAGCUCAUGAGGAGCUGGCCGUGUGUCUGUCUCGUGGUCUGUCGUUGGAUAUACCACGCAGCAGCCGGGAAUCCGUUCAGGGUUCCAGCGGCUACAGCACACAGACCAACACGCCCUGCUGCAGCGAGGACACAUACAUAUUUGAUUACGAGUGCUUGCCAGGCGGCGGAGACCAAGACGGAGAGACGCAGGAUUGUGACGGGCCCGCCUUAGCUCUGCAGAACAUAGACAUCAGCCAGUCGUAUCGCAGAACGUUGCCAGCCAAGCGCCCUUCUCCCUGUGGGCCAGUCAGCAUCACACCGGGUGUGGCCACAAUCCGGCGCGCGCCCACCUCGAAGCCGAGCCUGUGGCGCGGGCCGAGCGUUCACGGUCCGAUCCCCAUCAAAACCCCCGUCAUUCCUGUUAAGACACCCACCGUGCCCACAGCACUCUGCAGCGAGGACGCAGAAAACACCAGUGAUCCCUCUCCAUCACCCACACAGCUCACACCCAACUCUGUCAGCCAAUCAGAUCCUCCGGCACAGCAGAACGAAGCUGGGCAUGACGAGCAGGAGGGCAGCAUGCUGUCAUCUAUUCGCCGAGGCGUGAGCCUCAAAAAAGCAAUGACCAACGAUCGAUCCGCCCCGGUUCUCGAAUAAAGAGUGCCGCUAAUGACGACGCCGACUCCUCCUCGACCAAUCAGAACUCAGACGUAGCUGGAGGUUUUUAGCAACAGUGCUAAUGUCACAUGUAGGAUGGGUAAAGUAGUACAUGUGUUUCACAGCGAUUCAGUACAUUUAAGAUGAGAUGUUAAUGUUCUAUCAUAUUCCACAAUAAUGACAUGUAGUGGCUUUGUACAUACAGAUAUAGAGCAUCUGGUUUGAAGUGAUUGUUUCACUGUUGAUUAUAUUCUAGAGCUUUCUCCACUAUAGGUGCCAAAACUUUGUGCCUCAUAUUGUAUUUGCUUAUCUCACUCGAAUCAGGAGUUGCAGAACCGCAAUCAGAGCUGCGCUGGACGUUUACUCGUGAAGAGCGUGUGCAUUUUGUACGUUAUAUCAGGUGUGUGGAGGUUGAAGAACUGCAGCAGUUCCUGAAGAGGGGGGGGGGAGAGACAAACACAUUUCUCUCAGACAGGACCUGGAGUAGCUUAAAGCAUGGUAUCUUCUGUCAAAAACAUUCAACUCUGGUGCGUAAUUUUCACGUUUCGCCGUGCUUCAGUGCCCGUGACGAGCACGCGGAGAUCAGCGGUAACAGACACUCGAAUGUUCUUGUGCAUGCAGCCCACAUGACGACAGCAGGAGCAACUCGAGAAUGGAAAUCACUGACUUUUCUAGUAUCUCUAUCUUUUUAAACGUCAAAUGAACUCUCAAAAGUGUACUAAACAUCCGCCGGAUGCCUUUUAUGGUGUGCCAGGAUGACGACAUCACCGAAAUCCUAAACCGGACUCUGCUUUCACACACACUAGCAUAAUUUAGACAAUUUCAAAUCCCAUUGAGGUUAUAACUAAGGAAUAAAACACAAAACGGCAUGCUGUCGUAUUUCCUAAUAACAGCACAGCUCAAAGUGUUUUAUUCCUCUUAGAUCACAGCCAUUUUCCAAUGAUUAGUUGUUUUUUUUAUUAUUAUUAAUUAAAUAAUUGUCCUUUUUAUCGUUAUAGAAGUAUAGAAUGUCUCAAAACAAAUCAGUUCCCAUUGUCUCUUACGUUAUAGCAGCUAUAAACCAUCAUUCUCUCACCAGCCUCUCUUUUUUAUGGUUUGACAAAAAAAAAAAACCCACAGCUUGUCCUGUUACCGAGAAGUCCUCUGUCCUAAAAAAGAAAAAAAAAAUACUACGAAUAAAAAAAAAAAAUAGUAGUUAUAGCUUUACCUCUGACUGUUACUGAUCUGACACCGGACCGGAGACUCCUUCCAGAAAUGUGAAACAAAUAUCUCCCUACAAAAAAACUUUACUCCAUCAACGAUCGCACGCAUCUUUUAAACCAGUUAAACGUCUCUGCGUACGUUGUUACUAUAGUAACCAUGACACAUUCGAACGAGCACACUGGUACAAACCUGGACCGGCUGUCGUAGAGAAUCGGAACCAAUCCGAUCUGAAAAUUCUGCAGUGUGCACUUUUAUAUUGUAAAGCUAUGAGACGAAUGUAGCUAGCAAAUAAUAUAUAUAUUUAAAAAAUUGGGACGCUGUGUAAACUAAUUAAAAACAAUGUGAUAAUUUGCAAAUCAUGGAAACCCGAUAUUUAACUGAAAAUAGUACAAAGACAACAUAUCAAAUGUUGAAACUGAGAACUUUUGUUUUUUGUAAAAUAUAUGCUCAUUUUGAAUUUGAUGUCAGCAGCAUGUUUCAAAAAAGUUGGGACGGGGGCAUGUUUAACACUGCGUUGCAUCACCUCUACUUUUAACAACACUAAACGUUUGGGAACUGAGGAGACCAAUUGCUGUAGUUUUGAAAGAGAAAUGUUGGCCCGUUCUUGCCUGAUGUACAGUUUCCUUUGUCAUAUUUUUGGCUUCAUAAUGCACCAAAUUUUUUUCAAUGGGAGACAGGUCUGGACUGCACUGCAGGCAGGCCAGUUUAGCACCCGGACUCUCUUACUACAGAGCCAUGCAGUUUUAAUAUGUGCAGAAAGCAGUUUGGCAUUGUCUUGCUGAAAGAAGGAAGGCCUUCCCUGAAAAAGAUUUGGUCUGGAUGGCAGCAUAUUGCUCUGAAACGUGUAUAUAUCUCAUCUCAUCAUCUCUAGCCGCUUUAUCCUGUUCUACAGGGUCGCAGGCAAGCUGGAGCCUAUCCCAGCUGACUACGGGCGAAA